CUGGGGGGACAUGAGGACCCACUCAGUCCCACUGGGGGGGGACAUGAGGGCCCACUCUCCAGGCCACUGUCCAAAAUAUGUCAGCUAUACCACGAUGGAGCUCAGCACCAACACUGUAGUCGAUGUCCAGCUGGUUCAGAGCGAUGGGGUAGGUGGGAGCUCCCACAUGGAGCAGGAGGGUCUGAAGAGGAGCCUGGCCUCGUUGGCGGCAGCAGGCGUAACCAUCGACUGCAUCGUCACCGACCGCCACUCGCUAAUUCAGAAGUUCCUGAGGGAGGAAAACAUCCCCCAGUUCUACGAUGUCUGGCACAUGGAGAAAAGACUUUCAAAGAAAAUAGAUAAAAUGACCAAAAAGAAGGGCUGUGAGAAAGUGAAGAGGUGGAUUCUAGCCAUCAGGAACCACGUGUACUGGACCGCUGCGUCGUCCCAGACGGGCCCGGAGAGACUGGCUAAAUGGACCUCCCUCCUCAACCACGUACGGGACGUUCACACACACCAGGACCCCCUCUUCCCACAAUGCCUCCAUACAGUCAGAAACACAAGGGACAAGAGGAAAUGGCUCUCCGCAGGAACUCCUGCGUUCGACAGCCUGGAGAAGGAGCUGACCAAAAAGUCUGUCCUGAAGGACAUCUCCCAGCUCAGUCCCCACUACCAGACGUCCUCUUGGGAGGCCUUCCAUAGUGCUGUCCUGCAGUUCGCUCCUAAAGACCUGGUCUCUCCAUAUCUGGGAACGCUGUGCCGACUCUACCUGGCUGCUCUGCAUUAUAACGAGAAUGCUGACGGAGGACGAGCCCCCACAUCGUCGGGGGAUCCUCUUCUCAAACGGAGAUCUCCAAAAUCCAGGACGGGAGAUAGCCGAGCCAGACCAGUGAAGACAGAGGCAACAUUCAGGUAUGUAGAUGAUUUGAUGGACAUGAUCAUGGAGAAAGUCUUUGUCGACCCAUCAUCGUAUAGAGACGAGAUUCUGAAGCUAAACAUCCCGCCUGACCAGUCUUCCCAAUGAGCCUCCAUCAUAUCUUCCCAAUGAGCCUCCAUCAUAUCUUCCCAAUGAGCCUCCAUAUCUUCCCAAUGAGCCUCCAUCAUAUCUUCCCAAUGAGCCUCCAUCAUAUCUUCCCAAUGAGCCUCCAUCAUAUCUUCCCAAUGAGCCUCCAUAUCUUCCCAAUGAGCCUCCAUCAUAUCUUCCCAAUGAGCCUCCAUAUGUUCCCCGGGCGUCAGGAAGCUCCCGUUGGAUCCAAAGUACCACACCUGAGAGGACCACUAUCUGUAUCUUCUGACCAAGGAAGCCCCAGCACCAGCUUAACCUGUAACCACGGAGACACAUCAACAACCGGUUCUAUAAUGUCUGGGUUCUAGGUUUGGGUACCGAGACCCGGUGCCUUAAUGGACCGGACCCGAAUAGCAAGGCAGAUUUUGGUGCCUCUGAUAUGUCUGCGCUUCUCUCUGAUGCUCCGAAAAGGAUGUUAGCGGCGACAGACGCUUUGCUGCACGUGAUGCUAGUUACUCCACACUCGUUAGCCUAGCGUUAGCUAACAGCUGGAUUAAACACGGUUACAAUGCUGACAGCUAAACGGUGUAAACCAGGGGGGUCAAACUCCGUUUCCCAGAGGGACAGACAUGUGUAUAUAUAUAUAGAUUAUUGACAGCCAGCGACAAAUACGUUCAGAAAAGUGCCAAAAAAGUUGGAAAAAAAAGCGUUAAAAUUGUCUGAAAAAGUGACAAAAGCAUUGUGAAAAGUGUCAAAAACUUCAAAAAAUGUGGCAAAACACUGAGUAAAGCAUCCAAAACCUUAAAACAAAGUGCCUAAAGCAUUUAUAAAAGCACAUAAACUGCUGUAAAAGGCGUCAAAAAUGUUGAAAAAAAACUAUUAUUUCUUUAUUGUGAAUCUAAAUUGAAAUGCGGGCUGGAUCAAAACCUGCGUGGGGCCCCCGAGCCUUAUGUUUGACACCGUGUGGUGUUAAGUGUGACUGUAUAUCACUGGAGAGGAUCCAACAGCAGCCGGUGCAUUCAGACUGGUGAAAUACAUCAUUGUUAUAAGUUCUAGUGAUCACAUUAUUAUUAAAUCAUUUGAUUUUGACCAUACGGCCUCAGCAAUAAAGCGACUGUUGUUUGGGACCCAAACGCUAGCCAGCCCUACUGGGUUCACAGCUCUCUGAUUUGGAUUCAGUGAAUCCUUCAUCACUGUAUUUCUAUGUACA